AUGAGAAGAGCUUCUAUUUGUCCAUCUGUAGAAAGUAAGAACAGGGGACCAGUCAUAAAUAGCAAUUCAGGGAAUCAGGAUUGUGCGAGAGAUUGCCAGGUCAAUCCAUUUAUUAUUGCACAUGAUGGUGGUGGUGGUGGUGGUGGUGCGUUCACGCUUGUGCUUGGAUCGCUCCUCUUAUUAUUUCUUCAACUCGGAGCUAAUGUAGGUGCACUCUACGGGCCCUCAUCUCCUGUGGUUCAACUUAAUCCAUCGAACUUCAAGUCCAAGGUUUUAAAUUCAAAUGGACUUGUACUUGUUGAGUUCUUUGCGCCAUGGUGUGGUCAUUGUCAAGCUCUGACGCCUAUAUGGGAGAAGACAGCCACUGUGUUGAAGGGUGUUGCUACUGUGGUAGCUCUUGAUGCUGAUACACACAAGUCUCUUGCUCAGGAGUAUGGAAUUAGAGGGUUUCCAACCAUAAAGGUGUUUGCACCUGGAAAGCCUCCAGCAGAUUACCAAGGAGCGAGGGAUGUCAAACCCAUAGCAGAAUUUGCACUCCAGCAGGUUCGUUGUAGGUCUUUUGAAAGAUUAAAUGGAAAGGCAGCAGGAGGAUCAAGUGAGAAAUCUGAACCUAGUGCAUCAGUAGAACUGACUUCUCGUAAUUUUGAUGAAAUGGUACUUAAAAGUAAAGAUCUUUGGAUCGUUGAGUUCUUUGCACCGUGGUGUGGACACUGUAAGAUGCUGGCACCAGAGUUGAAGAAAGCUGCAAACAACUUGAAGGGGAAGGUGAAGCUGGGUCACGUGGAUUGUGAUUCAGAAAAGUCUCUGAUGAGCAGGUUUAAUGUAGAAGGAUUCCCCCCCAUCAUGGUUUUUGGGGCUGACAAAGACAGCCCCUUCCCGUAUGAAGGUGCACGAGCUGCGUCAGCUAUUGAAACAUUUGCAUUAGAACAGCUAGAGACGAAUGUAGCACCUCCUGAAGUGACUGAGCUGACUGGCCCUCUAAGAAAUGAUGUGAUGGAAGAGAGAUGCAGCUCAGCUGCCAUCUGUUUUGUUGCUUUUGUUCCUGACAUUUUGGACUCCAAGGCAGAGGGGAGGAACAAGUACCUUGAGCUCUUGUUAUCAGUUGCAGAGAAAUUCAAAAGAAGUCCUUACAGCUUUGUUUGGGCAGCUGCUGGUAAGCAACCAGAUCUAGAGAAGCAAGUAGGUGUUGGUGGCUAUGGUUUCCCAACUUUGGUAGCUCUUAAUGUGAAGAAACGCGCUUUUGCCCCUCUCAGGAGUGCUUUUCAGCUUGACCAAAUAACGGAGUUUGUAAGGGAAGCUGGGCAUGGUGGUAAGGGAACUCUACCUCUUGAGAAUGCCCCUGUGGUCGCAACGACUGAAGCUUGGGAUGGUAAAGAUGGUGAAAUACUUGAAGAAGAUGAGUUUUCACUUGAGGAGCUCAUGGGGGAGGACAACGAUGAAGAUAUGUGAACUGUACAGAGAAGAUAAGGGAAUGAGAGGGAAAACAUGGAGAAAAAGAAAGAUGUAGGCUAUGUUUGAUUGUACGGGAAAUUAAAGUAAA